AAACGGAUUUAACCCACGACCGGGAUGAAGUGUACUUUUCAGGUCUAAAAUCCCAUUCUUAAACACAGUCAACGUUUUCAAACAACUAUACACCGUACAAAUACUCCAGGCUACCUCGACGGCUGUUUGAUCUCAGCGAAAAGCGAAAUAAGUGCAGCAGCUGUUAUGUGUUCUCUCUGCGGCUGUGCUUGCUAGUGCUUUUCCCUUGUGCUUAUAAUGCUGUCAGUGACCGCGGUGAAGGAAGGACGACGGCGAGAGAGUGAAUAUCGUGACCAUUCAUAGACUCGCGCUGUUUCUCUCCUUCCUCUUGGGGCGGAGACUGCCCUGAAGACAUUAUCCGGCCGACGAUUAAGCUUCAUGUAUGAAAACCGCCUCUUACACUUAAAUGGCAUUUGUGGUGGAGGUAUUCAAGCUGACCGUUGCGAACCUGCGUACCUUCCAGACACCGUUGUACGUAUAAUAGUCAAGAUGAAAACUUUGGUCGUCGCUCUUUUGGCCAGCACCGCCUGUCUGACUGCCGCGGAUACUGCUACAGGGGAUCACCAACCGGACUCAAAUCAGUUCGGCAGAUGGCGUACCUGUUUGAAGAGCAAGAUACCUGAAAAUAAACAGCCAGGCAUGGAAGCCUGUAUUAACAAACCUGGCGGCACAGAUAUGUCCAAAUUUCGCCGAGGUCUUGGCUGCGUCCUCGAAAGCUACGGCAUCGUUAACAACCACAGGGUUGACUUGACCAAAAUGCGCUCAUCGGCCUCCUUAGUUACGUCUCCUGAACUAAAAAAGGCCUUCAUGGAAUGCCCGAAAGACGAUAAAAAUUCUUCACUUGAUCGCUCGAUCAAAUGCGUCAUCGAUCACCUUGAGACAUCCUGCUCCGCCGUAAAGGCUCAAGGCUAGAGAAUGACCUUCUUCACCCUACAACACGUUCCGUAGUGAAGCCAGAGGCCUAUAUUAAACUUGGCAGCUCUUACGACGGUUCCAAGUUAGCAUAAUAAAAUGUAUUAAGACA